GUGACUUGUAAACAAACAUUUAUUUCACAAAACACAAAAAAACGUCAUAAGCACGGUGAUGUAAACUUGCCUCCCAUCUCCAUUGUACCGGCUGUGCAAACGAUUCCAAGUAAUAACAGGAAACGCAAUUGCAAAUGGAAUUAAAUUGCAUCGUGUGCCGUGUUUGCACUUUCUUCGAAACAGUGUGCUGCCAAUAAACAACAUCCGGGCGAUUCCAGUAAGGUUGGUGCAGGACCGUACGAGAUACGAUUAGUUUCGAGUUGCCACACGCAAUAUGGGAGCGUAUCGGGAUUCGAACAGUUGCGCAAGAUUUCUGUCGAAUCUGGUUCUUUUCCUGGUGUAUCCUUGCAUGUGCUGCUGGCAGUUCCUAAACCGGACCUUCGAACCCUGGGACCGGCCGAGGCCCAAGUCCGAGGACGGCUUGGAGAACGAAACGGACCUGGACGAGUACGAUCUUCGCCUGCAACGGCAGGGAUUAUUACGGGGUUCAACGUUGGUGCAGCGACAGGUGCAACUAACGACCAUCAGCCCGACCCAGGCCAAUACGACGAGCGGGAGCGGGAGUGAGGAGUUGGAAGAGGAGGAUCCGGACUCGAAGCGUGGCAGAAGUGACGAUGAGCUAUCCAAACUGUUGACUCGGAUUGGCGAGAGUGACCGGGAGGAGGAGGAGGACAGGUAUCCGGGCCGGUACAGUAAUACCGAGGACGAGGCCACCGACACCCGGUACGUGCUGAAUGUGAUGAACGAGAGUCGGAAAUCGUUGCGAGCGGUGCAUUCAUCGAGUUCCCUGGGUCCAGAUGCAUUCGCUCCGGGAGAAGAAACCGCUCAAACGAAUCGAGACCGGGCAGACCAGCUGGUGGCUGACCUCCUGGGUGCCAAAUUCGUGUUCCGCCGGCUGGAGGCUUCCUGUGGACGGGUCCUAAUGCCGGAGAGCCAUCCGUACAGCCUGCAGGGUUACUUCAUAGCUGUCGGUCCGGAUCGGUACCAGUUCUUCACACAUGCCUCGCUGAAGCAGUUUUGGACUGUUGAGGAGAGAACAUUGCAAGUGGUGCAAAUGGAACCUCGGGUGUUGUGUUCGGGAACUUUUACACAAACUUACAAUUCGAAGAUGGAAGUUUGGCUAGCGAGUGAUUUGUCUGUUCAACCGAGGCAAGGAGCACCUGUUAUCAACGUUGAAUACCAAUAAUUAAGGGUUUUGUUGUGAAGUUAAA